AUGUCGGGCCUGAACUAUGUCACCUUCAACCAGGAUCACUCACUGCUGGCCGUUGCGACCACGCGCGGUCUGCGAGUCUACAGCACCGAUCCGUUCGAGCUCACCAAUCACUCAUACGAAGAAGACAUCUCGCUUGUCGAACAGCUCUUUUCCACCUCGCUCGUUGCCAUGAUUCUGACCCCGCGGCUGCUUCGGAUCGUGAACACCAAGAAAAACUCGACGAUAUGCGAGCUUACAUUCCAUGGCAUGGUCGUGGCGGUGAGGAUGAAUCGGAAACGGCUGAUUGUGAUGUUGGAGGAGGUUGUAUUCAUAUACGACAUCAGCAACAUGAAGAUGCUCCACCAGCAAAUGACACCGAUGAACCCAGGAGGAAUCUGUGCCAUUUCCAACAACUCCGAAAGCAAUUACCUCGCCCUUCCUCAUUACACGAAGACGCCACACAACGCGCACCCGACUGCUUCGCACGUCCCCAAAUCGAUCGUCAAAGAGCCGAUUAAUGGUGAUGUGCUGCUAUACGAUCUGAACAAAAUGGAGGAGGUCACAGUCAUCCAGGCACAUCAAGCUCCACUUUCGCAUAUUUCUAUCAACAAGGAUGGCACACUCAUGGCGACUUCCUCCGAAAAAGGAACAGUUAUUCGAGUCUUCUCAAUACCAGACGGAAAGAAGCUGUACCAGUUCAGACGAGGGAGCAUACCGGCGAGAAUAUACAGCAUGAGCUUCAACGCAACCGCAACCCUCCUCUGCGUAUCAUCCGCAACGGAGACCGUCCACGUCUUCAAGCUCGCACCUCCUGGCAGCUAUAGCACGAAUGGWGGACGUCCGCUGUCUCCACCUUCCUCACCWCAACAAGCCGCGUUCUCAGGCCGGGACCGUAGCGAGAGUCCGACAGACGAGCCUCGGGAUGAAGUAGACGGCGAUCCCUCUGCACUCUCAGGUGCUCGGCAACCCCGACAGCCCGGCUUCAUGUCGCUGGUGAGGAGGACUUCACAGAAUGUGUCCACAUCUCUGGUAUCUCGUGCUGCAGGCUAUCUCCCAAGUUCCGUCACAGAAAUGUGGGAGCCACAGAGGGAUUUUGCGUGGGUACGGGUUCCGCGAGGAGCGAACGGACAGCCCGUGCGAUGCGUCGUGACGAUGGCAAACAACGUACCCCACGUCAUGGUUGCUACGAACGAGGGCGAUUUCUACGUCUACAGUGUGGAUUUGGAGAAGGGUGGGGAGGGAACCCUGGUCAAGCGGUUUGAUGAAAUUCAAGGGCUCAAAUACCGAAGAGGGCAGGAUUCCGACGAGUAG